AUCGUCACGCUGGCAGGACACGGCCAGAUCGGCGGAAGUCGCAAUGUCGCAUUUGCAGUGACCGCCUCCAGCCACAGCGCCCUCGGACCGCAGGCAUACCUCUCAUCCCACCUUUCGUCGAUGUCCCUUCAAUAGUCUCUUAGUCCGGGAAGACCAGACUUCCACUCGUUCAAUUCAGGCGUACUUCGUGACCGCCAUGCACCACGCACGCCGUGCCGUUCACAUCAAGCGUCCGCUUGUCCGUGCCGCUUCUGCAGCCGUUCAGCCUGCUCCUAAACCUCUAGGAAAGUGGGCGAGGCCGGAGCCGGGACCUUCCUCUCAGAACUACGAUGCCUCGACUACCGCCUCUUCUUCGAGGCCUCCUGUUCCACGAGCGCGUCAUGGGGCCAACAACAAUCACAGUCCAGAGAUGACGACUCUCAAAAACCUCAACGACACCUCUGGCUCUGCUCCGCAAGCGCGUGCAUGGGCGCGGCGUAUCACUCCUGCGGAAUCCCAAGGGAACAAAACCAACCUGCCUUCUCCAAUCCGGGUCAGCGGGAUGCGCUUCCACAUCUGGCGUUAAGAGAUUCGGCACCUCAUCAAAGGACGCAGCACCACACCGUGGUCGAUCGGAUAAACCAGCUGACACUGUUGAUCUUGUACGCUCACGGUUGCUAAGGGCACGAGUGCUCAGGGCUCUCCCUCGGCUACCUCACGGCGCUCAGGGACACUGGGUGACAUCCUCAGU